AUGCGAGCGCUCCAUCUCCCGCAAGCGCCCGGAUUGAUACACCCAAAGUGGAAGCUCUGUUGGAAAUCCACUUCCUUCGUGUCUCAGCAACAAAGCACCCAACGCGUCGAUUUCGCCAAGCUGAAAUCCGAGAUCCUACAAGUCGAAAAACAGGACUAUGCGUUAUUGAAAUCGGAGAACGAAAGACUGAUCAGUGAACUAGAGAAGCUCAAGCAACGCUCACGGGAAGAAACUACUCGGACUCAAGCUUCAGUGCAACUGGAUUUGAAUCUAGAAAAGGGCCGGAUUCGAGAUGAAUUAGGCGUCCGAGAACUGAAGCUCAGAGAAGUAGACACACGAAUCGAAGGCGAGAUCGGUAACCUUCGUACGACGAUGGAAAGCGCGAAAUUCAACAUAUUGCAGUAUGUCGUGGUGACCGUCGCUUCCGGGGGCGCUUUGCUAAUAGCUUACAUUCGCAUGUCAGUGCCUUCCCUGGCCAUCUUCCCCGUGUCCAGACCCUGA